CUAACUGGUUGGUGUCUAGUUGGCCGCGAUAAGGUCCUACGAACGUUGCAAUACUUUUCUCGCUUCCUCGCCUGGUACCUCCUCCGUACAAACAGAGCGCAGUCCACUAUAAAUCCAUUUGAGGCUAUGAAAAAGCAGUUUGGCCUUACUCGAAAGCUUCUUCGUGUUGGCAAGAAUAUCGAGCACUUCAAGGCUGCUGCUAUUGCGCUCGACUCCAAGCCUGGCGUUGCCGGUGCGCCUGGGUCAGACCCGGUGCUCAAAUACUUGGCUGUAGGAAGACAACUGGGAUAUGGAGUCUAUCUUUCCUUUGAUAUGUUGACGUAUCUCGAUGCAGCGGGUAUUCGCAAGUUCGCAGCUGUUAAAAAGCUUCAAGCUCACGCCCAGAAAGCAUGGUUGACUGGACUCCUGUGCAGUGCCAUUGCUGGUGUCUACUCUAUGUGGAGAUUGAGUGAGAUGGAGAAGAAGAUAAACAAAAAGGAUGGAGAGGGAGCUGUCGAAGGAAAGAAGAUUCAAAGCCUUGGAUAUGUCAACCUGGAUGAUGGCGUUCUUGGUAUUGCGGGAACCGUAAGCAGUUUGAUUGGACUCAACACUGCGUGGAAAAAGACCGCAUAG